GUUAUGGGGUCUGUAUUGGAAAAAAAUGGAUUUUAAUUGAUGUGGGUGAUUUCAAGAUUGGAGGGUAGUUGUACUGUUGUUGUUAUUAUGUGAUCUGUAGUUGGAUCUGUUUAGGUUCUUUGUCUCUUUCAAUAUUCAGGUGAUUACUAACUGUAUUAUGUAUAAAGUUGUAAUCUUUAUGUAAUUCUAUGCUUCUAUUGGGUCCUAUUUUGUCCUAAUAAGACUUGUGAAGAAGAGAAAUUAGUCUGGGGCAGGUUCUUUGGGGGAGAUAAAAUGAACAAAGCAAGUAUAUGGUUGAACUUUGGUCCUUAAUUAGCUUGAUUUUUGUGUCUUCAAUCUGUACUUUACUUGAAUUUGUUCUCAUUGAUUCAGACAAUCCAUGAUGUUCCUGUUAAUAUGUGUCUUCCAAUUUGUUUCCUUGUGUUUUAUUGAGGGAGUUGACUAUCUCUUACUUCACGGACAUGAUUAUUUUUUAGUGCUAUUGUUUCCUCAUGCUUCUCGUAUUGUAAUGAAGAGGCUCGAACUAACAGGAAUAUAUGUUAGAUUCAGUUUCCUUUUUUAUUUUUAGGAAGUAGGGUAAAAUCUUAUUAAUUCACAUUAUAGCACUAAGAGGGAUUCUUUGCGGCACCCCUUGGGGUGAAGCCCUUCUUCCGGAUCCUAUUAAUGCGGGAUGCUUUGUGCACUGAGAUGCCCUUUUAUUAUAGCACUAAAGAUGGAGGUACAAAGUUAUAAAAGAAAAAGAGGAAUUCUUCUCUUCAGGUAUGCAGAAAGUCGAUAAAUUUCAUUAUGAUGUCCAAAUCAUAAUCAGCUUUUGUGUUACACAAAAAAAAAUCAAAACUUUAUAAGCACUUAAUCUUAACAAAAGAUGAGGAAGAACAUCUACCUUCUAGACAUCUGUAGUGGAUUCAUAUUUGUUGAACCUAACUAGUUUGGAAUUGAGGGAUAGUUGGCUGAUUGAUUGAGUUUUUAAGGAUUUUGAUGAACUAGAACUAAGAAUCAGACACAUAACUACCCACCAGAGAAGUAAAAAGAAUCAGACACAUAUGUCCAUAGAGGCUGUAUGUGUUCACAGUAGUUAGUUACCCAAGAUGAUUGUCAACAGUACCCAUGGUUUCUUGUAUAGGGCAAUCACUUAGUGAGAGAGAAGUGAGAUCUCUUUCUCCAUGAAGUUUGGAAAGCUCUUCUGCGUAGAUGCGGAAAGGAAAAUUCUUAGGUUGGCUUUUUCCUUUUGAAAUGAGUUCAUGAUUUUUUGUUUUUCCAUCGUGCAACAUAAAUCUUGUUCUCGCUAUUGACGAGCAGUGUAAGUUUUUACAAAGGAUAUGAUUGUCGCUGCUUAAGACAAAUUUAAAAAACUGUUAGCGGUGUUGCUUGGAUCACAACAAUUAAUUCUGUGGACUCUGCUUGGAACUGUCAAAAAUAGUGGGCAGAUUUUCAGAGAAGCUGAGCAAGAGAGUCUACCUUUCAGAGUGAUCAAAGCAUGGUUUCUUUAUUCAAGGAUUGUGCAUAUGGAUCACGAGACAAGCGAAUCAUUGGAUUCUGUGCCUACAGAUAAUAUGAAUUGCGAGCAUGGUGAUUUUGAAUGCAAUAUCUGCUUUGAAAUAGCUCAAGAUCCUAUUGUGACUCUUUGCGGCCACCUUUAUUGUUGGCCUUGUCUUUGUGAAUGGUUGCAAGUUCAUUCACAUUCCCACGAAUGCCCAGUUUGCAAGGCUCUCAUCGAAGACCAGAAGUUGGUUCCCAUAUAUGGUCGAGGCAAGGCAAGAUCUGACCCAAGGUCUCACAUACGUGCAAGGAUGAACAUUCCUAACCGUCCAGUAUUUGGGCCAAGACCACAAACAGCUCCAGCACUAGAUAUGAACUAUUUCCGUCCUGAUGAAUUGGACCAAAUGGGGGGAUUCAUGCCUAUGGCCAGUGCAAGGUUUGGGAACUUGACAUUAUCUGCUCUAUUCGGAGCUAUUCCAUCUCUUUUUAACCUUCAUGCGCAAGGAUUUCAUGAUGCUACUGUAUAUGGUGCGACCACGGGAGUUCCAUACCUCUUUUCUAGUUCAGUUCAUGGGGGUUAUGCUCAUGGAUUUCAUCAUUCAAUCCAUGUAGAUGGUACAAAGUUCUUCAUCAAGAUGUUUCUCUUGAUUGUCGGUUUCCUCUUAGUUGUUUCCUUAAUUUUGUAGAGAAUUCCACAAAUUAAGAUGUACAAUUUUUAAUCAUGUGUGUAUAUCUUUAGAGUAGUAGACUUAUAUUUAUGUCUAGAAAAGUAGGGUGCACAGUUAUCCUUCAUUAUAUUCAGAGUUAGCUUUAGGUAUUUCCUUAUUGCGCCAUAUUUUUGUUCUAUAAAAUCUGGUGGAGUUUCACCUUCAAAUUGUUCAA